AUGUCGACCCGAGGAUGUGACGAGCCCGCUCAGGAUGACCAGGGCCGAAAUCUUGUGCCGCAUUCGCCAGACAUAAAAGGAGACCGCAGGGAACCUCACCACAGUAUUCAACACGCCCCGGGUCAGCAGUUGAAUCGGCCACGGCCAUCGAAUAAGAUGAAGUUAACCAUCGUUGCCAGUGCUGUCGCCAGCAUACUCUCUCUGCGCGUCGGUGCUGCUAGGAGCGCUAGGGAGGACUCGGGCUUUGAGUCGUCUUGCUCCGACCUUAGCACUGCAUCCUUUUCUUCCGAGAUCAAGACACUCUUCGCGAAUUUUGUGCCUGCCGGCACCAAGCUGCUAGUUCCUGGCCUGGACCCAUCAUGCCAGAAUUCAACCACCGUCACGGUUGAUCUCUGUCGCUUGAGUCUGAAUGUGACGACCUCAGCAACCUCGGAUGUGUUGAUGGAAGUGUGGCUGCCGAGGAACUGGACCGGGCGCUUCCUCUCCACCGGAAAUGGUGGCAUCAACGGAUGUCUGAGCUACAGUGAUAUGGCCUAUGCCGCUUCCUUGGGCUUCUCUUCCACUGGCUCUAACAACGGGCACAGUGGCCAGAAUGGUACACGAUUUUUGCAUAACCUUGAGGUCAUCAAGGACUAUUCGUAUCGUGCUCUCACGACGUCUGCAGCUGUGGGAAAGCAGGUCACCUCCAGCUUCUAUCAGAAACCGCACACAAAGUCCUAUUAUCUAGGCUGCAGCACGGGCGGUCGACAAGGAUUCAAGAUGGCGCAAGAUUUCCCGGACAUAUUUGAUGGCAUCGUGGCUGGCGCUCCUGCGUUCAACUUCCAGGGUUUGAUGGCAUGGUCAGGUCUUUUCCACUCAAUCAUCAAGAGAGCAGGGCCCGAUGGGUUCCCGCCAGCGUCUUCUUGGGCGGCCAUCGAUGCAGAGCUCAUGGCCCAAUGCGAUCACUUAGAUGGUGCCAUUGACGGGAUUCUUGAAGAUCCGUCUCUGUGCAACUUUCGACCUGAGGCGCUGAUCUGUCAGGCUGGCCAGACCGAUGCGACUUGUAUUACAGGCAAGCAGGCAGACACGAUCCGCCAGUUUUUGUCGCCCGUUUAUGGCGUCAACGGUAGCUUCGUCUACCCGCGCAUGGAGCCAGCACCAGGAUUUGUCUCGUUCAUAAAUGCUAGCUACACCGCAACCCAGUUCUUGUACACGGACCACUGGUACAAGUACGCCCUGUAUAGUGAUCCGGAUUUCAACACGACUUACCUCGGCCCAGAGAACUGGGAAUACUCUAUUGAGAACGAUCCGACCGGCGUCAGAACCUGGUCGGGAGAUCUGAGCCAGAUGGCUGCGCGCGGCGCGAAGCUGAUCCAUUACCAUGGCCUGCAGGAUAGUCUGAUCUCGUCAGCUAGCUCAAACACUUAUUACAACCUACUCUCUCGAACGAUGAGUCUGUCAACGAGCGAUAUCGAUAACUUCUACCGCUACUUCCGCAUCAGUGGCAUGGCCCACUGCGCUGGUGGCGAUGGUGCCAGUGCCAUCGGAAACAGGGGAGCUGGUAGUGCAAGCAAUGAUCCUAGCCAAAACGUAUUGACUGCCGUGGUACAGUGGGUAGAGGAGGGCAUUGCGCCGGAUGCAGUUAUCGGCAGCAGGUUCUUAAACGGCAGCCAAGCCCUCGGGGUGGAAUACACCAGAUCGCACUGCAAGUACCCGCUAAGGAAUAGCCUGAAACCCGGCGGGAACUACAAAAGCCCAGAUGACUGGGAAUGUGUGUUAUAG